AUGGCGACGAAUAAUGAUUUUGGAGCUUUCAUUGAGAAACUUACAAUCUCUCCAACGCCUUCUUCCUCGGUUCCUUCUUCUCUACAUGGUCUUACUUUCGCCAUUAAAGACAUCUUUGAUGUGGAAGGGAGAGUAACCGGUUUUGGUAACCCGGAUUGGUUAAGGACACAUACGGCAGCUACUUCAACAGCUCCUGUAGUUUCAUCUCUCUUAGAAGCUGGUGCAACCUCAUUGGGUAUAACCAUAAUGGAUGAAAUGGCAUACAGUAUUAACGGAGAAAAUGCACACUACGGGACUCCGAUAAACCCGAUUGCUUUCGAUAGAGUGCCUGGCGGAUCAUCAAGUGGCUCAGCUGUAGCUGUGGCUGCUGGUCUUGUGGAUUUUUCUAUCGGAACUGAUACCGGAGGAAGUGUACGAGUUCCAGCAUCUUACUGUGGAAUUUUCGGUUUCCGGCCAUCCCACGGAGCUGUUUCCACUACCGGAGUUACUCCAAUGGCUCAGAGUUUCGACACAGUUGGAUGGUUUGCUCGGGAUACAGCUACUUUGAAACGUGUAGGCUGCGUUCUCCUGCAGCAGCCUCACUUGAACCUUACUGAACCAAGUCAAUUGAUUAUCGCGGACGACUGCUUCAAGCUUUGUAGUGUACCAAGUGAUCUGUUGGUGCAGCCUGUGGUUCGAUCCGUGGAAAAAACGUUUGGAGGCACUACUGUAGUAAAGAAUGUGAAUCUUGGAGAAUACAUUGAAGAGAAUGUUCCGAGCCUGAAGCAUUUCAUGACAAGUGACGAUGACAAGUUCUGCAUUCCUUCUCUCAUGGCUUUAUCGAGUUCAAUGCGAUUGUUUCAGAGGUACGAAUUCAAGAUAAACCAUGGUGAAUGGAUCUCGUUCGUGAAGCCAGAGUUUGGUCCUGAGAUUGGUUCACGGAUCGAUGAAGCUAUUAGGACGUCUGACGAGAAAAUCGACCUUUGCCUGUCCGUGAAAUCGGAACUUAUAACAGCUCUUUCAACAUUGCUCGGGGAUAAGGGUGUGUUGGUGAUUCCGACCGUGCCAGGUCCUCCACCGCAUCUCCAAGCUGAUGUAGCUGCACUCGAAACUUUUCGCAGCAGAGCCUUUAGCUUGUUGUCAGUUGCCGGUGUUUCUGGAUUUUGUCAGGUGAGUAUACCAUUAGGGCUACACGAAAAUCUUCCGGUAUCGGUGUCUUUGGUAGCUAAGCAUGGCUUAGACGGUUUUCUUCUCAGUCUUGUGGAUUCACUUUCCGGAUUCAUCUGA